AUGAGAUGGGAGAGGGUCCGACAUCAAAACCAACAAGUUGGUCUCGGUGAUUCUUCUUCUUCCGGGCCCGGGAAGAGAUGGGGACACACUUGUAACGCCAUUAAAGGAGGCAGAUUUCUCUACGUUUUCGGUGGAUUUGGUACAGACGAUUGCUUAACCAAUCAAGUUCAUGUCUUCGACGCUGAAACGCAGAUAUGGAUUCAGCCGGAGAUCAAAGGCGUACCGCCCUCUCCGAGAGACAGUCACAGCUGUACAACAGUCGGUGAUAGCCUUUUCGUGUUUGGUGGUACUGAUGGGACCAAGCAUCUUAAUGAUCUGCACAUUCUAGAUACUUCUUCACAUACUUGGAGAAGCCAGGAUGUUAGAGGCGAAGGACCUGAGGCAAGAGAGGCUCAUAGUGCAACGCUUGUUGACAAACGCAUUUUUAUUUUUGGCGGCUGUGGGAAAUCUUCUGGUUCGGAUGAUGAAGUAUUCUAUAAUGACCUUUACAUACUUAACACAGAGUCAUUGGCGUGGAAACGAGCUGCAACAGCUGGGAAACCACCCACUGCACGAGAUAGCCACACUUGCUCAACGUGGAAGAACAAAAUCAUUGUAGUAGGUGGUGAAGAUUUGGAUGACUAUUAUCUCUCGGAUGUUCAUAUCCUUGAUACAGAUACACUUGUAUGGAAGGAACUGAAAACUUCAGGGCAGCUGUUAACACCUCGAGCCGGUCAUGUCACUGUUGCACUUGAGAGGAACUUAUUUGUAUUUGGCGGGUUUACAGAUUCUCAGAAUCUUUACGAUGAUCUCUAUGUGCUUGAUGUGGAAACGGGUGUAUGGUCCAAAGUAGUUGCCAUGGAAGAAGGCCCAUCUGCUAGAUUCUCUGCUGCAGCGGUUUGUUUGGGUCCUUACAAGGCUGGUUUAUUUUUCUUUAUUGGUGGCUGCAAUAAGAACCUUGAGCCGUUGGAUGACAUAUACUACCUACACACAGAAGGUGGAUACGAUGCAAGGUUUGAUCAAAAUCCAGGGAAGUUGUCUCUAAGGAAACAAAUGAAGCUUAAAUGCCAAGGGCAGAACUUAGAUGUGGCCAGAACCAAUACUGAUCAAGGAAGAGCGAAUCUGCCUUUGAGAAUUGGCCAGAUUGAUCAAGGGAAAACAGUUUUUCAAGCCAGGGUUACCGAAAACACCCCUGUAGGUUACACUAUAGAAACGAUCAUUGAUGGGAAGGUGCUUCGCGGUGUUUUGUUUUCAAACAGACACAGCUCUGUUCAAACGGCAGAUCAAAGCUUUAGUAGUAGGAAAAGGCCUACUCUGUUGGAUGCCGAUUGUGAUAAUAGAGCAAAGUCACAGAGAACUUUGAGCAAGGAUUCAGCAGGUAGUAGUAGCCAACAAGCUGAUCCUAUUGGUCCUCCUUCUGAUGAUGCUAAUAAGAAGGUUGCAGAUUCAAACUAUAUGGUCACAUCCAUGGUUGACACUGCGGAUGCUAAUAUAAACAUGACGGGAACACAUGACGCAGAAACCCCUGCUGUUACCUCUGAUGUCAAAGAUCAAGAUCCUUCUCAAGUUGAUAUGGAUGCUCUGCAGGACAUUGUGAACGCAGAACCAUCACGAGUUACGGUUGAUCAGACGAAUGUAGAACCAUUGAGAAAUGGGAUAUCAACAGACAUUGGUGCUGCUGAUAAAGCUGGACCUGGAGGAGAUUCUUCGCCACAAAACCAAGAUGAGGAAACAGUUACUGCGGAAGAUUCAAAUGCAGAGCAACAACCGCAAUUGCAUUAACAACAUGAAGGAUCUUUUAGGGGUUGUACAGUACAGUAGCAGCCGGAGAUAGGAUUUGGAUUAUGGAUGGAGAUAACGUAGAAGAAAGUUAAAGAUGAGUAGAAGAAGCUAACUCUUGAAUUGAAGUCCUUUGUUGCUGUUUUUGUAUUUGAAAAGCUCUGCAAUACAAAAAAACAGCUUUU